GAGAAGGCCCCCCUAUCAACAUUUUCAACACCGCCGACAGCGACGAGACUGCGACUGCUGGCCCCGGGGCAGAUUUCUACAUCAUCCAGGAGGGGUCUAAGAUCACGAAAACAACAAAAGCGCCGAGCUUACAGAUGAAGAAGAUGGAGAGUGGGACGCAGUGACUUCAAAAGGCCCCGGCCGGCCAUGAAGGCGAUCUUCUGC